UUUGUUGAAACAAAUAAAAUUAUAUUAAUAAGUAAAUCGUGUGUUUUCAUUUUCAAGGAAACAUAUAUCUGGCGCAGUCGGUAGGAUGCGUCUCGUGUAAAUUAAAUUAAAAACGAUAAGUUUAUAUUCGGAGUGACAAAUUGAAAGUGAAUAAACAUUUUAAUUUAUACGCGAGUUUUAACUCCUUAGACGCAGUGAAGACUUAAUCGAUAAGAUUUCGAGAAGAAAGUGAAUUAACGCAUCAGUUUUAUGUGACACACAGUGAAAAAGUUGUGAAGACAUUUUAACAAUACACGAAACGUGAGAGACCACAGCAAUUAAUUGUGUUGAAGAAUCUCCAAGCGUUAUAGAAAUGACGGAAGAAAAAACCACAGGUAUCUUCAUCGUAAUAUGCUUGCUCUAUGUCACAUUAGGGCAACACAUAGAAAUUACCGAGAUCCCUCAAGGUAAUGGAUUCACCUUGAUACGAGGAGACCAAGUUCCUAUUAUUCAGAAUUUCUCCAAGGUGAUACAUGUAAUAAAUCUACAGAGGUACGAUGACAUCAUUGCCAGUAUCGAAAACACUACUUCAGCACAAAUCACCGAAAAGUUUUCAAUUAUACCAUUGUUAAUUGAAAAAAUCAAAGCAAAACUUUUUACUUUAGAGCCCCAUAGAAUCAAAAGAACAAUAUUUAGCGCGUAUGGUUCCUUUUUGAAAUGGUUUGGUGGUGUUAUGGAUGAUAAUGAUAGACAAUUCAUUGAUAGAAAUUUUGAUAAAAUUGAAUUGAAUAUGAAAUCUUUUGUAGCCAAUAAUGAAAAACAAAUUGCAAUAAAUAGUCGGAUUGAUGAAAGUAUCCAGAAAUUAGCAAGUCAUAUAAACGAACAGCAAGAAAUAGUAAUCUCCAAAUUCAAUAUUUUAAGUAACAGUUUAAACAAACGUUUAGUAGAACUAGAAACUUUUCGAGUCAUAAAGGAAAACUUGCAGAUGAUUUCAGAUUCAAUAGAGGAAAUUGAAAACAUUGUUUUAUUAUCUAGAUUGGAAAUAUUGGGUAGAAAUAUUCUUACAAUUGAAGAGAUACAACAAUACCAAAUAGAUGAACAAAAACUUACAAAUAUUCGAGUCUCAGUUGCACAAAAAGAAAAGACUAUAUUAAUCGUAUUACAAAUCCCGAAUUUUACAAGCAGAAAAUAUUUUCAGUUAUCUAUUGUACCGAUACCGAACAUGAAAAAUCUUGAACUAGUAACACCAUAUAAAAAAGUUCUCUUUUAUAAAGAUAAUGUGUUCGUAUAUAGUAAUGAAAAUGUAGAAAAUAAAUUAAUACCUAUUCAAGAGGAAUGUAUAACAGAUAUUUUAAACGAACCUCAAAAUUGCACUAUGAAAAUGAAUGAUCGACCAGGCAUAGAACAAAUUACAAAAAACAUAAUAAUAACGAAAAAUUUAAAUACUACUAAAGUAUAUCAAAACUGUAAUGAUCAAAAUAUUCUGCUAUGGCCUCAAUUUGGUCGGGGAAAUAUUCUGAUGGCAGAUUCGGAAAAGAUAGUGCAAUACGUUAUGGAAUCUAACAAAAAGUCGGUUAUUGUUGAUGUCCAGUUUGUAGUUGGUAACAAUAAGCAAAUGUUUGUAAAAGAACUAGUUACAUUGAACACUGACUCCGUUAACCCAGUUUUGUAUCAUUUCAAACCUCCGUGCCCGAAGGAAGAACUUAACCCAAAUAGUGCAUGGCAAUCAGAUUAUAAUUAUAAAUUCAUAAAUGGAUUAACGUGGUCGAAUGGCGUCAUUGAUUAUAAUCAUUUACCAGAAAUUUUAUCAACCCUAGAAGGUUCAUGGUAUUACACGUAG